GCUUGAAAACGCGUUCAGCUCAAGCACUCACAGUCAAAUAAGUCGGUCUCUAGAGCCGCAUUGCUGGACUCCAGCAUUUCCUAGCGUACCUCGCGCAAGGAUGCCCCAAAUUGCGGCUCAGAGCCUGCGGCGGCUGAGCAAGUUUCCUCGGAAAUGGGCGUAUCCGGCGCAUCUGGUCGCUGGACGGAGAGUUGGCGGAUACAAGUACAUAUCGGUUGAAGCGACGCCGGCAACAGACACCAGCAGAAUCAACGUGGCGGGCAGAUCGUUGUCCGCUGCAUCACCGGACGCCUCAUUCGAAGUCAUCGGGAGCCCAUACUCGCUCCUUUCCGUCACGCUGUCUCCUUCUCAAGAGCUGUAUACCCGUCGGGGAACACUUGUGGCUUUUGCUGGGGAUCCCAAUGGAACAGUCUCGACGUUGCGAAUCCUUAAUCCCGUCCGCCGUGCCCUAAUCGGAAUUCCAUUCUUGUACCAAAAGAUCACGUCCACAUCCCCUGCCAAUGCUUUGAUAUCGACAAGGUCGCCAAUAACCACAUUUGCUAUUCUGCAGUUGGAUGGCACGAUGGACUGGAAGCUAGCCCAGAGAAAAGCGCUGUUGGCGUGGACUGGCAGCACGCUCUCCGUGAAGCCGAGUAUAAACACGAGAUUUUCUCUCGCAUACUGGGGAAGUUCCAAUGUCACCGGAAGAGGACUCCUAGCGCUCGCAGGUCAAGGCCAGGUUUACUCUGUCGAGCUUGCAGAAGGGGAGACAUAUCUAGUACAUCCUUCCAACAUACUCGCCUACAGUUCGUCUUCACCUUCUCCAGCACCUCUGCCCUUUCGAUUCAAAUCAUCCAGUGCUCGGUUUCAAAUCCCUCUUCAGCUCGGAAACUUCUUCCCAUCGUCGAAAUUUGUCGAAACUCUCAAAACCAGCAACACUUACAAGUUUGUUGCCAAUAUGCUCUACAGAAUCCGAACAUGGAGCCGAAGGACUAUCUGGGGGGACCGGUUGUUUCUACAGUUUAGCGGCCCGACGACGCUCCUGAUUCAGAGCCGGGCUGCGAGAGUAAAUGAUGUCUUAACGACACAGGAAGUGAACGAAAUUGCCGAUACCCCUGCAGGGGCUUUCCAGGAGGCAAUCUCCAAUGUCCGCUCCGCUGGCCCUGAACUGUCCAAACCAGGCUCUGCCGUGCCUGUGUCUUCGGUGCCUGCGUCACCGAGACUGUCAGUGGCAAGCGUUGGCCGCGACGGCAAAGUUACUUUCGAUACCGCACAGAAUUCUGACCAGAAAAAGUGAUAGACCAAAGUCUCUCGAGGACAACAUGUACAAUAUCAUGAUACGAAAUCUGACCUGCGUCGUGCUCGAUUCCUUUGGUCGUUCGGAUUGCCGCGUUUAGCGGUUUGGGGAAUCCAUUUCGAACCGUCGCAUCGCAGACUCUUCGGUAAACCCACCAUGAGUUUCGAGAAAUUCAUGAUCUUUGAGUUACUCAAGUGACACCAAUCAAUCUUUUGUCGCUCUCCC